AUGUCGGAUAAAUUAAGGCCAUACUAUGACCGAGACACCUUCAAUGCAGGAUACUCUGUAUUUUUUAAGCCGGGCGUUGGUCUAAUUGACACGGAAACGGGGAAACCGUUGACCGCCUCCCUAGCUUCAAACCUAGCACAGCAAUCAGCAAAGAAAUCGUUCAAGUCAGUCAACGGUAUCGGGUUAUCAGGGUUUGGAGGAGCACUUGGCGGUGGAAGUAAUGGAUCAGGAGACAAAAACUUUGUCUAUGAUCUUGAAAUUCAAGAGUAUUUCGACUCAAACAAUUUCUCUGAAUUGUUGAAGAAUUUGGCAUGGAGCUUCAUCAAGAACUACUGUAGAGCAUUGGUUUCACAACCAUUGGAAAUAGUUAGAUUGGUAUUGCAGGUGGGAUAUUUUCAGAAUCUUGACUCAAAGAGCAAGGGGAUCAAGGCAAAGAAAAGAAAAAGCAAGAGAACUCCAUACUCCAGGCUAGUCAAUGAAUCCAUACACAAUGAAGGAUACACAACCACUUCUACAAAUGAAGAAGAAGAAGGUGAAAUCUACACUACUGAAGAAGACAGGGAGGAUGAAGGAGAAAUCAAUUACUUCCAGCUGAUCUCCACGAAUUCACCCUUGAAGCCGAAUGCUGCGGGUAGUAGUGGAGCUAACCCUCCUGAGAAAAAGAGCUUCAGAAGCAAGCAAAUUAACCUUUACAAGAUUCAGCCGAUAUCCAAGCAUACUGUUGACAUUAUGUCUGCGAUAGUUGCCAAGGAUGGCCCAUUUGCCCUCUUUAGAGGUAUCAACGCGACCUUCAUCUACCAGACUAUCUCCCACACAAUAGAAGCAUGGAUCACAGGAUUCAUGUCGCCAUUUUUAGGUAUACCCGACCCAUUUUUCUUAGACUUGACACACCUGACUGACCCAUGGAAGUCACUCUGGCUAUCAGUUAGUGCCUGUGUAUUGACUGGGAUAAUAUUGAUGCCUUUGGAUUUAAUCAAAAUCAGGUUAAUGAUUACUCAGUUCAACAGACCUACGCCUCCACCAACUCCUUUACCAACAUCUUCGCCAAUUGUCUCGACAGGAUCCACCACUGCCAGUACCACUAACAAUUCAUCUGAUGAAGAUGACCUUGAAAACAUAGGCAUCAACACCCCAGUUAAUACACGUUCAAUCCGUGAAUCCAUCCGCAAUUACCCAUUGUCCCUCUUGAUCCACCCACCUGGUACAAUUACCUGUUUGACAGUAUUGUAUCAAUUUUCCACCACGAUAUUCCGUAAGGCUGCGCCUUAUAUCUUGUUCAUAAAGUUCAAUGUUGACUCAUACCUGUCACCUACAGUGUAUACGUUGGUGAACUUGUUCCUGUUGAUUAUGGAAUUCUUCGUCAAAUUACCUGUGGAGAACUUGUUACGUAAGGAACAGGUGAGGUUCUUAUUGAAGCCCAAAUCCGAACUUGAAGACGCAAAGAAAGUUGUCAGUAUCGAAGACCCUGAUAAGGAUUUGAUUGUGGAGUUUAAUGACGGGUGGAGGGGCGAUAAAGGGACAGAAGGAGGAGAAGAUACCGAGAAUACCGUUGGAUUGAUUGAGAGAAUUGAGAGAUUGGGACUCUUUGAUGGUUGGAGAGUUGGCGUAUUGAAUGUGAUUGGAUUUUGGGGCUAUAAUAUAAUAAAGAGUAAUGGAAUUGAUUUACAAGAAGAGAGGUUUUAG